AUGGAGUGUGGUAAUGGGCGUGGAGAGAGAAAAAAAGGGGUGGGGGUGGGUUGCGCUGCAGGUGGGGUAACAAGGAGAGGGCUUAAUUUGUCGGUCCAGGUUCGGAUUCGGGUCAGGUUCGAGAUCUUGGAGCAUGGUGCUUUACUGGAUGAAUUAACAAAAGUUGAAUGUCCUAUCAUUCUUGCUCUUUAUCAAUGGAAUUCUAGAGUUGAUAUCAAGAAGGAGGAUAAAGCAUAUGAUACAUUAGUGAAGAUAUUUUAUGCAAUUGAGAAAGAUGAUCACAAGUUUAUGUUUUUUGUUAGGAAUAUAGAGUUUGAGGUGACCCCGAAGUUAAUUGCAACAAUAUUGAAUGUUAUCUAA